UGCCCGGUGGGGGGGCUGGGGGCGGCCAAGCCCCGCGUGCUGUGCCACGAGAACGAGAUCUACCUGUCCAACGGCAGCGAGUUCGUCUAUGUCUACGACCAGGAGGGAAAAGUGCUGAAGGCCGUGUACCGGUGCCCUGACCAGGUGUGGCACGUGGAGCUGCUGCCCCAGCCCCGGCAGCUCUACAUCCUCUGCGCCCACAGCGGCAUUUACUGCGUCUCCCUGGACCAGCAGGGCAGGUUAAUGGAGCAGACGGAUGGCGACGGCCAAGAAAGCAAUUGCCCUUCCGGCGUCUUCCCCGUGGACUCAGACGCCUGCAUCUUCCCAGACUCCAGCCUGUGCAUGUUCACUCUGCUCAACAGCUUUGUCAUCACCUUGUCCCAGGCUCAUGGAAAGUGGUGGAUGAAACUGCACGAGCUUCCUCGCCCUGAGCAGGAGAGUCCCCUGUACCGGCAGGUCAGCGAGGUGGGCUUCUGUCCUGGCCCCCAGACUGGGGAUGAAGAGGAUGGUCCCCCCUCCUGCUUCCUGCCCGUCCUGUGCUGCGCAUCAUCCCCCGGCACCCUGGAGUCCGGGGAGGAGCUGUGGUGCUCAGGGGGCUUCGUGCUGGAAGAGCCCCUCUUCAGCCUGCUCUUUGGGAUCGAUGCUGCCAUGCUGGAGUCUCCAAUGAUCCUCUGCGGCUUCCCAGAUGGACAGCUCUGCUCCGUGCCACUGAAGGCCCUCAGCUCUUCACCAGCUGUCAAUGGCUGCCACGAUGUUUCGAGCCAAGACCCCCCCGUGAAGAUCCUCCAUCCUUUGGAAGAGCCCAUUGUCUUCAUGGGGGCCUGGGGGACGGAGCGGAGGGCGGCAGAGGAAGCCGAGGACGAGCAGCUCUUUGGAGAGGCCGGCUGUGACUGCGUGGUGGCCGUGGGCCACUACGGGAAGAUGGUGGCCAUGAAGGCGGAUCAGCGGGAGGAGGCGACGGUUCCGGAGCUGCGGGAGUACUACCUGCGCGGGCCCAUCCUCUGCGCCGCCUGCGGCAGCGGCAGCCGCAUGUACUACAGCACGCACUCGGACAUCUCCGCCGUUGACCUGGACUGGGGCGGCGAUUCCUCCGACCCCGAGGACGCGGAGAGCUGCACCGGGGUCCUGCCUCCCGUCCUCUCGCCGGCCAGUUUAAGUAUCUGUAGCGUUGUGGCCCUUUCCUUGUCGUCUCGGGCAUCAGAAGGUGAGUCGGAGCUGCUGGCCCUGUCUGCCAAAGGCCGACUGAUGAGCUGUGACUUGUGCAGCCCUGAGGACACUGACGUGGGGCUGACGCCUGCUGAGGCUGGCAGGAGGAUUAAGGAGCUGCUCUCCGGGAUAGGCAACACCUCAGAGAGAGUUUCCUUCCUGAAGAAGGCAGUGGACCAGAAGAACCGAGCCCUGGCCAGCCUGAACCAGGUGAUGAACGUGAGCGCGGCUCUGCUCUCCAGCCAGGAAGGCCAGAAGCCCAUUGCCUGCACUGUCACUGCCAACUGGAGCUGCCUCCUGCUCCAGGAUACUGUCACCAUCUCCUGUCUGCUGGAGAACUGCAGCGAGUACAGCCUGGAGGAGGGCUGGACCCUCUGUGUGCAGCUCCUGGCCAGCCCCUGUGCCUUAGAGGAGGAGUCGUCUGUGGAUUCAGCCACCACCUUCACCUUCCCCAUCAACCAGCUCCUCCCUGGGAACAAGAGAGAGCUGACGCUGCCCCUCAGCUCUGCUGCGGACACCAAGCUGGACCUGCCUCUGACCAUCUCCUGUGCCCUCUACUACAGUUUGCGGGAUAUUUUGGGCGGUGGCUCUGACUCCUCCGAGGCCCUGGACGAUCUCCUGCCAGAUGACUCACCCAUCCUCUCCCCGGACAGAGAGGGGAUCUGCCUGCCCCUCAGUGAAUGCACCAUUGACAUGCUCCAGUGCCUCCGUUUCGAGAGCAGCACCCCUGGGCCAGACACUUCCCCACCAGCCCCUGCUCCCCGUGUACCCCCAGACCCCGUGGAGACCUUCCUCAAGGUAUCCCAGGAGCAGACUGCACCUGAAGAGGGGAAAGCCAGUGAGCUGCCACAGGCCCCGGCAGAGGAAAACCUUCCCCCCUCAGCAGCCUCCAUCAGGGUGUCCUCAGAGCUGCUGAAAAAUGCACUGAAAACCUCCAGCUCAGGUGGGUGCCUGGAGAGGAGCAUCUUGGGAGCUUCUGGGAUGUCUUUUUGGGGACAGGCAGCUGUGGCCAUCCCUGGAGAGGCUGGGAUGGCACCAUGCGGCGCGGCGCCGGACGGCGGGGACGUGCAGCUGCUUGUCCGAGAGGUGGCCAUGGAUGACAUCAGCCCAGCAGGCCCCAUCCAGGCUGUGGAGAUCUUGAUGGAGAGCCCGUCCCUGGCCCACACCUGCAGGAUGCACCACGCUGUGAUCCGGCGCAUCCAGGCACUAGUGCUGGAGCAGGCAGCCCAGGGCUCAGGACCUCCUGACCUCCGCAUGCAGUACCUGCGCCAGAUCCAGGCCAACCACGAGAUGCUGCUGAAGGAGGCGCAGACCCUGCGGGACCACCCACCUCUGGGCGAGGAG